CUCUGAGCUGAGACUCCAUGACAACUAGCAGGAUAAGGACACAUGCACUGAAACAUGAAAGUGCUGAAGAAUGGUCUGGAAGACUGUGGCUGCCAUGAGAAAUAUGCAGCUGAUUUCCUUAGAGGACAAAAGAAAUGAGGACCUUAGCAUCCUGAGACGUUUUGGAUUCAUAGCCCUCACGACUGACCCAGUCAGAGUUCAUCAUGUCGAAGUUGAAAAGCUCAGAGUCCGUCAGGGUGGUGGUUCGCUGUCGGCCCAUGAAUGGCAAGGAGAAGGCUGCUUCCUAUGACAAGGUGGUGGAUGUGGAUGUGAAGCUGGGACAGGUAUCUGUGAAGAACCCCAAAGGAACAGCCCAUGAAAUGCCCAAGACCUUCACCUUUGAUGCGGUCUAUGACUGGACUGCCAAGCAGUUUGAACUCUACGAUGAGACGUUCCGACCACUCGUGGACUCUGUCCUGCAAGGUUUCAAUGGGACAAUUUUUGCCUAUGGACAAACUGGGACUGGGAAAACCUACACGAUGGAAGGGGUCCGUGGUGACCCUGAAAAAAGAGGGGUCAUUCCUAACUCAUUUGACCACAUCUUCACCCACAUCUCUCGAUCCCAGAAUCAACAGUACCUGGUCAGGGCUUCUUACUUAGAGAUCUACCAGGAGGAGAUCCGAGAUCUGCUCUCCAAGGAUCAGACAAAAAGGCUUGAGCUGAAAGAGAGGCCUGACACUGGAGUGUAUGUGAAAGACCUGUCUUCCUUUGUUACCAAGAGCGUGAAGGAGAUAGAACACGUGAUGAAUGUGGGGAACCAGAACCGUUCUGUCGGUGCUACCAACAUGAAUGAGCACAGCUCACGUUCUCAUGCAAUUUUUGUUAUUACUAUUGAGUGCAGUGAGGUGGGCCUCGAUGGUGAAAACCAUAUCCGUGUAGGGAAAUUGAACCUUGUAGAUCUCGCAGGCAGCGAACGGCAAGCCAAGACUGGCGCACAAGGGGAAAGAUUAAAGGAAGCUACCAAGAUCAACCUCUCCCUUUCAGCCUUGGGUAAUGUCAUCUCUGCCCUGGUAGAUGGCAAAAGCACUCAUAUUCCAUAUCGGGACUCAAAGCUUACCAGGCUCCUCCAAGAUUCCCUCGGUGGCAAUGCCAAGACUGUGAUGGUCGCCAACGUGGGGCCUGCCUCUUACAAUGUAGAAGAGACUCUGACCACUCUGCGAUAUGCCAACCGUGCCAAAAACAUUAAGAACAAACCAAGGGUCAAUGAAGAUCCUAAGGAUGCCCUCCUUCGAGAAUUCCAGGAAGAGAUUGCUCGGCUCAAGGCCCAGCUGGAAAAACGGUCCAUUGGCAGAAGGAAGAGGCGAGAGAAGCGGAGGGAAGGUGGUGGCAGUGGUGGGGGUGGGGAAGAGGAGGAGGAGGAGGGAGAAGAGGGUGAGGAGGAAGGGGAUGAUAAGGAUGAUUACUGGCGGGAACAGCAAGAAAAACUGGAGAUUGAGAAGCGGGCCAUUGUAGAGGACCACAGCUUGGUUGCAGAGGAGAAGAUGAGGCUGCUGAAGGAGAAGGAGAAAAAGAUGGAGGAUUUGCGGCGAGAGAAGGAUGCUGCCGAGAUGCUGGGCGCCAAGAUCAAGGCCAUGGAGAGUAAGCUGCUUGUUGGAGGAAAAAAUAUAGUAGAUCAUACAAAUGAACAGCAGAAAAUUCUGGAGCAGAAACGGCAGGAAAUUGCAGAGCAGAAACGUCGAGAAAGAGAAAUCCAGCAACAGAUGGAAAGUCGAGAUGAGGAGACCUUGGAACUUAAAGAGACAUACAGUUCCUUGCAGCAAGAAGUGGACAUCAAGACCAAAAAACUCAAAAAGCUCUUCUCCAAGCUUCAGGCGGUGAAGGCCGAGAUCCACGACCUCCAAGAAGAGCACAUCAAGGAGCGCCAAGAGCUGGAGCAGACUCAGAACGAGCUCACCAGGGAGCUGAAACUCAAGCAUCUUAUUAUAGAAAACUUUAUCCCUCUGGAGGAAAAAAGUAAAAUUAUGAAUAGAUCCUUCUUUGAUGAAGAGGAAGACCAUUGGAAAUUACAUCCUAUAACAAGACUGGAGAACCAGCAGAUGAUGAAGCGGCCAGUCUCAGCCGUGGGAUAUAAGAGACCGUUGAGCCAACAUGCAAGAAUGUCCAUGAUGAUGCGUCCAGAGGCCCGAUACAGGGCAGAAAACAUUGUGCUGUUAGAGCUGGACAUGCCCAGCCGCACCACCAGAGACUACGAGGGCCCAGCCAUCGCCCCCAAGGUCCAGGCUGCGUUGGAUGCGGCUCUGCAGGAUGAAGAUGAGAUACAGGUGGAUGCAUCAUCCUUUGAAAGCACUGCAAAUAAGAAAUCCAAGUCGAGGCCUAAAAGUGGAAGGAAGUCGGGAUCCUCCUCUUCUUCCUCAGGAACCCCUGCAUCUCAGCUUUAUCCACAGUCUCGGGGGCUGGUUCCAAAGUAAAGCCAGCUCCUCCUCUCCCAGGGCAUGAACGGCAUUUGCCUUCUGAGAGAAGAGACAAGCAAAAAGCUGCUAAGAGGACCUGAGCCCAAACUCAGAACCAUUCCCCUGAGGAGAAGCAAUGGCCUCUUUGCAGAUUCACCAACUCAAUCUGAUUGAACUUGCUGGUCCUAAUCUGGCACUCAGCCCCUCUGGGAAACGUCUUUUAAUUAGCAUCUCAGAAAUGCAUGGGUAAGGUAAAGUGCGAUAGUCCAAGUGGAAAGCAAGAGAAUGACCAGUGACCUUGCUUCCCUUCUCCCUUUCCCUCUUCUCCUCCCCCCUUCCCAGUCCUCCCCUCUCCUUUUCUAGCCUGUUCUUCAUGGUGGGCUCCCUUCUUGUUGAACAAUAGGGCAGAAUCAGGAGUCACCUUGGUCUUUGGAACCUCAAGAUAAGAUGACAGUGAGGUUGAAAAGUGAAAGCCCUAGAACUUGAAUAAGUGCCUGUUCUUGUAGGGAGAAAUGAGAAAUGUCAUUUGGACCCAGGCUCUAGGUGGGUGCCAUCAGUGCCCUUGCUUCCAUGCACCUCUGUGAGAAGUGGAUCUGCCUUUGGGAUCUGCUCAAUGAGGAAAUCUCCAGUCUCUGCUCCUGAGGGAUUCAAUGUUGGAAGCAAUAGAAAUAACAUUCCCUUUGCCUCCUUGGAGCAUUUAGGAAAAUAGCUUCUUUAAAACCUCAAAACCGUGACCAUCCUGUUAAAGACCUAAGUCUAUAAACUGGUGCCAUGUCCAUACAACACCCCAUGUCACUUUACUCUUCAUUUGUCACCAUCUUUUCCAUGCAUGCAUACUCUGAGCGUCCUUGCAUAGGCCCAUCCUCUGCCUCCAGAGUGUGCUCCGCAGUGCACUUGCUUUGUGGGAGAAACGAGGUUGGCUCUGCCUUCUCUGAUGGGGCUAGAAUUGAAGGAAGGAGACAUAUAGUGGCACUUUUGAAUUCCCCAUUUUGUUCCAUAUUGGCAUAAAGAGCAGAAGAAUAACGAGGCAGAUACAGAGAUGGAGAUGUGAUACUCGAUGCAGUGGGAAGGGAAGACAUACAGAUGGAAGCAAAGGAAUCCUGCCUGCCUGUGGUGAAAACACCGAAUUCUAGAACUGUGGCUCUGUCCAUGCGGAGCCUGAGAUGCUGGUGAGGAGUGGCUGUGUGAUUGAAUAGGCUCAGAGGAGAGUUCCGAAUUCCCGUUUACAUAUACUAGUUUGGUUUGUAAGUUUCAGUUCCUUGUGUUAUUGAGAUUCGAAGCUUCGUUUUAUGUUGGUCAUUAGGUGACUGUUACUCAUAUUCCCCGCAAGAGAAGCUCUUAAGUGUGUGUGGGUGUGUGAGCACAAUGGUGCUUGUGUUCUGUUAAGUGUGUCCAUGUGUGUCUGUAAGAGAGAGAGAGACCAAGAACUUGCCCAAUUUUAGAAAUAUACUAAUGUGCAGUUAUUGC